AUGGGUGUCGCGCUGCCUCCACGGGUCCCGCGGCGCUGGUUCCGCCAUGCAAUUCCUCUCGCCGUCUUCCUGCUGUUGCUUUAUUAUUUCUGUGCUUGGAGCCUACGCGCCCGCUCAGGCUGCCAAUCUGGAGCACAGUCCUGCAUUUCCGAGGGACCGCCACCUCUACAGACCCAGCAACAGUCGAGACCCCCAGAAGCCCCGCAGCUGGAAAAGCCUCAGUGUCUGGGCCCCCGGGGGAUGCUGAGCCGCAUGAUGAGGAGGUUCCGCGACAGUCUGAACACCGAAGGAGAUGUGGAGUUAUCACAUUACCUGGCAGGAUGGAGAGAGCUAAUUAGGUUCCUGACUCCUCUCGGCUCCAUCUUCGCCUUCGCCACAGGCGAGGCCUUCAACAAAGUGACAGCCCUUGAGGCUCGGGUGCACGGCCCAGAUGCUGUGCACUACAAGACGCUAGCAGGCAUGGUGGAGUGGGAGCGGCGGGCAGGACUGCUGGAGCUGCCGGGGAUCGCCCCUCGAAACUACGCCACGUCCUCGGGCUCACGAACGAUGCUUUUGCUGCACCGUGCGCUACACUGGUCCCAGCUCUGCCUCCACCGGGUGGCGACCGAGAUGCUUGAAGGCCCGGACGCCGGCGAGCAGUGCAACGACGCCUACAGCAAGGCCCUUGCUCCGCACCACUCCUGGCUGGUCCGUCAAGCCGUCCGCCUCGCCUUCCUCUCCUUCCCAGGUCGCGGCCGCUUGCUCAAGCUGGCGUGUCCGGGAACCAGAGAGGCGGAGGCAAGGGCCACGCUUGCCCGGGCCGCGGGCACCCUGGAGAAUGUCUACAACCAGACCCAGGGCUUGCUGGCACGGCGCGGCCUGCUCCAGCUGGCCUGAGGCCGGCGGUGGCAGGGAUCCGCUAGGAACCGAGCGCACUGGCGUGGGGUCAGGAUAGAGCCCUCCGUGCUCGCUUCCGG